UUCCGCGCACAACAUCAACAAAUUGUGGCAGUUGAUCGGAUUGUGUGUGUGGGCGCGAGCGAGACGGCAGCAGCCAAGUGCAACGAAGAGAGGCCGAAAACAAUCGCAGCCCCAUUUAUCCGGUUCAGAUAGCAGAAAAAGAGUUAGUUUCAGAGCGCUUCGUAGUGGGCGGUAGUUUUUCCUAUUUUCGUACUUGUGGCAGACAGCUUGAAGCUGCUACGGAAUGCGAGUGACCAACAUACGACGGGGACGGAUCGCACGGAUCGCCGUCACCGUUGCGGUGGUUGUCUUCGUGCUGUAUCUGAUCGCAACCUGGUCCGGGGUGGAUCAUCGCACGGUAAAGGACGCGUACAAUGCCCGGUUUGUCGCUCGACUGGUAGGGAGUGAUGGACGCCCGGUGGAUCAACCCGAUCACAGGAAUGUGUUUCCCGUUUUAAUCGAAGGCCUGGGCAACUUCGAGCCCAAAGAAGUCGAGCGCCGCGAUGGUCCGGGGGAGGGCGGCAAGGCGUACAUACCGCCGGAGGAUCAACAAAAUCGUGCCUCGGACGCCGAAAUGGAGUACGGCAUGAAUAUAGUGGUUUCGGACACGAUCUCGUUGGAUCGCACCAUACGAGACACGCGACUGGAGGAGUGCAAACACUGGGACUAUCCGCACGAUUUGCCCAGCACCAGUGUGAUUAUUGUGUUCCACAACGAGGGCUUCUCGGUGCUCAUGCGGACCGUUCACUCGGUGCUGAACCGGUCACCGAAGCACGUGCUGCACGAGAUUAUUCUGGUGGAUGACUUUUCCGACAAGGAGGAUUUGAAGGAAAAGCUGGAGAACUAUAUCGAGCGGUUCGAUGGUAAGGUGAGGUUGAUUCGCAACGUCGAGCGCGAGGGUCUCAUCCGAACGAGAUCGCGGGGGGCGAAGGAAGCGACGGGUGAAGUUAUUGUUUAUCUGGAUGCCCACUGCGAGGUCAACACUAACUGGCUGCCACCGCUACUAGCUCCCAUCUAUAGGGACCGGACCGUUAUGACAGUGCCGGUAAUCGAUGGGAUCGACCACAAAACGUUUGAGUAUCGGCCGGUUUAUGCCGAUGGGCAUCAUUACCGGGGUAUAUUCGAGUGGGGUAUGCUUUACAAGGAAAACGAGGUUCCACGGAGGGAACAGAAGCGCCGCAAGCACGACAGCGAACCGUACAAGAGCCCAACGCACGCCGGAGGCCUGUUUGCUAUAAACCGUAAGUUUUUCCUGGAGAUUGGUGCCUACGAUCCGGGGCUACUGGUCUGGGGUGGAGAGAACUUUGAGUUGAGCUUCAAGAUUUGGCAAUGCGGAGGCAGUAUCGAGUGGGUUCCUUGCUCCCGAGUUGGUCACGUAUAUCGCGGUUUUAUGCCCUACAAUUUCGGAAAGCUGGCCAGCAAGAAGAAGGGACCACUGAUUACGAUCAAUUACAAGCGAGUGAUUGAGACUUGGUUUGACGAGCAGUACAAGGAGUACUUCUACACGCGGGAACCUUUGGCCAGAUAUUUGGAUAUGGGAGAUAUCAGCGAGCAGUUGGCCCUGAAGGAGCGUCUCCAGUGUAAGAGCUUCCAGUGGUACAUGGACAAUGUGGCUUACGAUGUGCUGGACAAGUAUCCCGCUCUGCCGGCGAAUCUGUUCUGGGGAGAGCUCAAGAACUCCGGCACGGAGAAGUGUGUGGAUGCGUUGGGUAGACAGCCACCGGCCAUAAUUGGACUGCAACACUGUCACGGUCAGGGUCACAACCAGCUGAUUCGAUUGAAUGCAGCCGGUCAGCUUGGGGUGGGCGAACGGUGUAUCGAAGCGGACAAUCAGGGUAUCAAGCUGGCUUUCUGUAGGCUCGGGACCGUGGAUGGACCUUGGCAGUACGACGAGAACACCUCGACGCUGCUGCAUCGAACGUACAAAAUGUGUAUGGGAUACCAUCCCCAAACCAGAGCGCUUUCGCUGAUGCCCUGCGACAUUCACAACGCGUAUCAGUCGUGGAAGUUCCACACCAUCACUCCGCGGUGGUAGAGUCUAGACAACAUUCGCAACAGCUGAGAAACAUUCCGGCAGAUGACUCCCGGUACUUACACUUCCAUGCGCCCUUUCUCGUCUAUAUAGGAGUCAAAGCAUUUUUUUUUCGACAUAGCAUUUAGAACAAGUAGCGCAAACGUUGAUAUAACUCAUCCAUUGUAAAUAUUUAGAAAGUCCACAGUUAGAAAUUUAAAAAUAGUUCUCUCCCUUAAUUACUACUCAUUAGAAUCGCAGAACGGAAGAAGCAAAACGUAAAACACCCUGCCAAAAAUAUUUUAACGACAUAACGAUCGCUCUUCUCUUCCGACUGUCGAAAAUAGUCGAAAUGCUAUUGAAAGAUUGAAAGGUACUUUCACCAUAAUUAUCUUUCCAACUUAAAUGGAAACACAACAGUUAGACAAAAGUGGUUGCAUUGGUUUCUUUUUCUGAUCAUAGCAUUUCUUUUCAUUCAAUUCCAUUUUUAAAUUAUCGUAAAGAGAACGUAUUCAGACGAACAUUUGUAACAAAAUCGAGGUUGAUACGUGGGACUGUGUGUGCCUUCUAUUGCGGUGGGAGACGUAAACGUAAAGAGAGAGAGAGGAAGAAACUUGCUUUAUUUUUCCAUUCAAGUUGCUAGUUCAAUGUGCUAAAUCUCAUACUCUAUUUGUUUCGGAAGUCGAAUUCUUAUUUUCUGUUCCUUUUUGAAUAAAUGAAUACGAUUAGUCCGGAGUGACGCAAUCAAACCGACGCAGAAGCAAAUGGUUAGCGGACAGAAUCCGCGAAUAGUGCGAGAAGCAAUGAAAGAAAAAUUCUACGACUGAAUGCGGCGGAAACAAACAAAAUAAACAAAACCAGAUUUAGAAUAAAUUUACUAUUGACUAAGAUGAAUUAAAAUUGUUACGAAAAUCAA